ACGCUGGCUUCGCAGAGAGGCUGUCAGCUAUAAGUGGCUGUCAGCCGCGGAUUACACAGAUAACACUGCGUUAAUACAAGAGGCUUAAGAUAUCCGCCCUGUCAACGCUGCGCUGGAGUUAGCUGGACACAGGCAAUGUCGGUAGUAUGCGAUUAGAUUAUGUUUAAGGUCCGUCUUCGGCGAGUUUCUACAUUUCUACGGCAGUCACAGGCCAGUCUGUCCGUCUGGGGAUGGGGGGGUCUUGGAGUUGUGCUGUUCUUUGUCACGUUUGGACCUUUUGCCAUUUUCUACCUGGCCUUUUAUAUCUUUUGCUUCAUUGGAGGUGGCUUUGCAGUCACUUUGCUGUAUGGAAAGAUAAACUCAGAGAAACACCUGGAAAAAUGCGAACACUCUUUCUUGCCACCAACACAAAUUGGUAUACAGAAGACGCUGGAUGACAUGAAGCUGGAGGUAAAGCCAAUUAAGAUUGACAGGAGACUGACUGGAUCUAGUUUCAUUGAUGAGCCACUACAGCAGGUGAUCCAGUUUGCUCUUAGAGACUAUAUCCAGUACUGGUAUUACACUCUUAGUGAAGAUGAGUCCUUUUUGCUAGAAAUCAGACAAACGUUACAGAAUGCCCUAAUCCAGUUCUCCACACGGUCCAAAGAAGUGGACUGGCAGCCUUACUUCACCACCCGCCUGGUGGACGACUUCGCCACCCAUUUACGUGUCUUUAGAAAAGCCCAGGAUCGCCUCGCAGACAGAGAGGACAAGCAAAGGGACAUUACAGAUGAGCUUGUUGACUCAUUUUUUGAGGCUGAAGUGGAGAUGGAAAGAAAAAUUUGUAGAGACGUAGUUUGCACAUCACACAAAGAUGAAGAAGGUUUUCUUCGAGACUUGUGCGAGUUACUUUUGUACCUGUUACUACCUCCUGGAGACUUUCACAACAAAAGCAUGAGAUACUUCCUGAGGGAGGUGCUGGCAUAUGGGGUACUUCUCCCUCUGAUCAACCAGCUGAGUGACCCGGACUACAUCAACCAGUUUGUCAUCUGGAUGAUACGGGACUCCAGCUGUAACUAUGAAGCCUUCAUGAACAUCUUGAAGUUAACAGACAAGCCUGCCGAGCUGGAAGCUGUUAAAGACAAGGUGAUUGAGGAGCUGCAGUAUCUCCGCUCCCUGGACACAGCUGGAGAUGACAUCAAUGUGAUCAAAAACCAGAUUAACAGUCUGCUGUUUGUGAAGAAGGUGUGUGAGACCAGAAUCCAGAGGCUGCAGUCAGGGAAGGAGGUCGAUGCCCUGAAGCUGGCAGCCAGUUUUGGCAAGCUGUGCAUUAUCCCACUGGACCACAUCCUUGUCCACAACAUAGCUCUCCAGUUCUUCAUGGACUUCAUGCAGGCAGCAGGGGCUCAGGCUGAGCUGUUUUUUUGGCUCACUGUUGAGGGAUACAGGGUGACUGCCCAACAGCAGCUGGAGGUGAUGCUGGGCUGGCAGAAGGAUGGCAAGAAGCAGCCGGGGGCCACAAAGGGCCUUCUGAAGGCGGCUGCACUCGGGGUUUAUGAACAGUACCUUUCUGAAAAGGCAUCUCCCAGGGUUCAGGUGGACAAGGAGCUGGUAAUAAAGCUAGGAGAGAAGCUGCAAAAAGAAGACCCCACACCUGAUAUAUUUGAUGAAGUUCAGAGAAAAGUGUAUGAAAUGAUGCUACGUGACGAGCGCUUCUACCCAUCCUUCAAGCAGAGUCCCCUGUAUGUCCGCAUGCUGGCUGAGCUGGAUAUGUUGAAAGAGCCGAGCUACAGAGGAUCUGAUGAUGGCGAUGGAGAGUCUUUCAAUGGUUCUCCUACAGGAAGCCUUAACCUGUCUCUGGAUGAUCUGAACAACUCCUGCCAUGAUGAAUUUCUGCAGCUACAUGCCUUCAUAUCUGACACUGCUGAUUCUUUUCUUCCUGGCUUCUGGGGUGCCACAGGGGUUUGCAACGAUCAUGGUAAGACCUACGCACUUUACGCCAUCACCGUGUUCAGACGCAACCCAGACGGCAGCGAGGACUGCUGGAAGACGUACCGUCGCUACUCGGACUUCCAUGAUUUCCACAUGAGAAUAACAGAGCAGUUUGAGAACCUGACGUCGAUCCUCAAGCUUCCAGGAAAGAAAACUUUCAAUAAUAUGGACAGGGACUUCCUGGAGAAGAGGAAAAAAGACCUCAAUGCUUACCUUCAGUUGCUGCUAAACCCAGAGAUGGUGAAGGCCUGUCCAACUUUGAUUCCCUACGUCUAUGACUUCCUAGAAAACAAGGCCUACAGCAAAGGCAAAGGAGAGUUUGCACGAAAGAUAGACACAUUUGUGAAUCCUUUGCGGAGUUCCAUGAGAAACGUGUCCAACGCAGUGAAAUCUCUGCCGGACAGUCUGGCAGAGGGAAUGAAUAAAGUCUCUGACAACAUGGGCCGCAUGUCUGAAAGACUUGGUCAGGACAUCAAACAGAACAUUUUAAAGGUGCCUCCACUCCUUCCAAAGUCCGACAUGGACCCAGAACACUGUCGAGUCUCCGCCCAGCUGGACGACAACGUGGAUGAUAACAUCCCCCUGCGAGUCAUGCUGCUGCUGAUGGACGAGGUGUUUGAUCUUAAAGAGAAAAACCAGUGGCUGCGCAGAAACAUCAAGAACCUGCUGCAGCAGCUAAUCAGGGCCACCUAUGGAGACACUAUAAACAGGAAAAUCGUUGAUCAUGUGGACUACAUGACCUCUCCAGAACAGGUGGCGGAUUAUGUGAAAAAGUUCAGGGAUUCCUACUGGCCCAAUGGGAUUUUAGCAGAGACUCCACCGCGCCGGGACAAGUGCAUCCGCAUGCGGACACGUGUAGCUGCCAAAACCAGCCUGCUUGGCAUCAUGCCAGAUGAGCUGAAGCACAUCAUCGGAGCGGACACCACAAGGAAGGGCAUCCUGCGCGUCUUCGACAUGUUUCAGCAUCAACCCAUGAACCGGCGCCUCGUGUACGUGUUCCUGGAAGGCUUCCUGGAGACCAUGUUCCCUCAGUUCAAAUUCCCUGAGCUGUUUGUCAAGCUGCACUCCCGCUCGCCACGCAUUCACAGAUACAACCAGAAACUCAAAUGCUCCUCUCUGAAGAGGUGACAGGAAAGCUCGGCGGCAGGAGGACAAAGGCCGGCGACAGACGCGCAGAGACUCCAGAGCUGAAAGUGAGGGUGUGAUGUGUUUGACGGCUGCCAUUAACCUGCCCUCACGCUCCUAACAGGCAACACACUCCUUAUCGGUUCCACUGAGAUGUAACCGAAGGAUGAGCAACUCUGAAAGAAACGUUCGAACGCGAAAUAUUUCAUUUGCACCAAGAGGCUGAACAUAUUAGUCUUUUCUUUAGUUUCUAUAAUUUUUUUUCCCUUUUUGGACUUUUUACUUGUGUUAAGCUUUAUGGUGGCCAGCCAAUGCUUCUUUCUUGUGAUUCAGACUAGCAGGUAAUAAAACACUGCUUUGGUUUUUUUUUUACUGCAGGACUUAAUAGAGCAAACCCACACCUUGCCUUACUUUCCCGCUUCAGUCCUCUAUGUUGUGGAGCCACAGAGCUGUAAUCAAACAUGCCAUCAUGCAGUAAAAUCUCUGAGCUGCAGAGAUUUUUUUUUUUUUUACAUUGCAACCAAACAAAUGUCAGAUGCACUGGGUUUAACGAAGCGCUGUCCUGCAAAUGUGAGCAAACAAGAGUAGCUUUUUUUUUUUUUUUUACCUGCCACCAUUUUACCUUCUCUUGAUGGACGGCCCACAUCCCCUUUAAUGCAACUGUCAUAACCUGUGACAACCAAAGCUUACGCUGUCUGUGUGUGGACCCUUUCUAUUGCAGAUCAGGCAAAGAAAUAAUUUAAUGAGCUACAAAGUGAGAAUGGGAGUAACGUGCGCCGCAUUUGGGUUGCUUAGGUUUUUGUUUUGUUUUUUAAAUGUGUGUCUGCGUGUGUUGAGCUGGAAGAGGCACCUGUGUUCAUUCAGAAACAGUGCUGAUGUCAGAGAGAGAACCAGCCUUAAAUCUAUAUAUAUAUAAACAGAGUAUACUGACCAAGAGAUGCGCGGCAGAGCGAGCCCUCCAUCACACCAUUGGACUUUAUACGGAAAUUAAAAGGAGAGGUGGAGAUAUUAACCCUAAUCACUUUUAUUCUUAGAAAAAAAAAUCUUUGAUUCGGUGCAAUAUAUUUUUGUGUAAUGCAUGUGCAUUUUGAUUUAUGGUGUAAUGAAAUUAGUCAUAAUCUUUUAUAAGGAGAAAACGGAAGGAUAUCUCCUUAGCCCAACAACUUAACAUUCCGUUGUUGUAAAACGUUUAUUUUACAGACUUGUUUUAUAAGUCUGACUUUAUUACUUUUUAGUUUUUUUUUUUUUUUUUAUAAUGUCUACAUAAUCCCAUGCUCACUAUCACAGAACAUUCUGCUGUGGGUAGUAGUCAGUGGUGUCGUACAGCUGCUUCUUUUUAAUCUCCCAAAUGUGUUUGAUGCACACGACUGUCAUGCUGGGUGUAGAGAUCAUGUGACCUGACUUCCUCCACUGCCUGUUGUGUGUGUGAAGCCCCCAACCACAAAUUCAGGUCCGAUUAAAUCACAGAAGAGUUUGUGGUCGAUAGGAUCACUGCUAAUUAGCACUUACUGUAGCAACUGUCGGUGUCUUGGCCCCGACCCCCCUUCCACCGCUGGGAUUUGUGUACACUGAGCAGCCCCGAUGGACUCUGAUUGGCUGAGCAAGAGGGACAUGAAGCAUCUCUUUUUUUUGAGGUGAUGUCACCUUUUAACUUCUUGCACAUCUCCAUGCAAGAAGUUUUUUUUUUUUUUUUGUACACCAGUAUAUAUGAAUAUAUCAUACUGAAAAUGUGUGCAUAUCUGUGUACAUGAUGUGUUAAUAGUGUGCCUAAAUGUACUGUCAACUCUAUUUUCAUAUUUUUCUUCACCUAAGAAGAAAGGGGGGAAAAAAGUCAAUCAGAACAUGAUCAUUUUACGUGACUGAAAAAAAGGCUUUGGGAUCUUAGUUUUUUUGGCAUCAUACUCAAACUUCUCCUGGUGAGCAAUUGUGCUCAAAUCAGUAUAACACUAAUAAAAGGUAACUCGGGCUAAAUGAGCCAUA